UAGAUCCCACAUGCCACAACUAACACCCAGGGUGGCCAAAUAAAUAAAUUUUUUAAAAAAAGGAAGGAAGCUAGAGGUAUUCAGGAGAAUUAUCUGAAAAAGAGAUCAUGAACCUUCCACUGUAUAAGCUUCUGCCCACUUACAUUUUCCACAUUUGCUUUGUCUUGGUUUGUGUGUGUGUGUUACGUACAGAAUCGUGGUCAGGUAUGAGCACAUAGAAAAACCAGUGGCCACACACACACACACAAAAUUUAACAGAAAAAAAUAAAAAAGAAAGAAACCAGUGACCUGGUCUAUUUGGAGGAAGGGAAAAUUUUCACACUAGUGACAUCAAAGGUAGGAAAUGGUGUUUCCCUGCUAAUGGCAGUGGACAGACACAGGGAUGGGGAAGACCCAAGCAUACCAGGGCAGGCCCUGGGUACCCCUCAGAGGGCCCGGUCCCUGAGAAGCCAGCUCACUCUGCUGAGAAGCAAGCCAGCCUGUCCCAGGAAGGAAGUCCCAGCAUGGCUAACACCUGGAAGGGACUCUCCAACUGGCCCAGAAAGGCAGCCACCAGACAGACUCUGGUGUACAAAGGACAUCCCAAUUCAGGCAGUACACAAUUACACAAACAAAGACAGACACACAAACACACAACACAUACACAUACACACACUGAGACAUAUAAUCACAGAUACACAAGAGCAGCCACCAAAGCUAGCCACAGACACACACAGAGACACAACAGAUACAUAUUCAGAGCAUAUACACCCAAGAAGAUAAGUACACACAAUAGCAGGCCCACAAUCACAUGCAUACCAAAACAGUGGUGGGGAUACACCAUAUAGGCAUACACACAGUCACACACUAAGACAUGCCCAGAGAUGCAAUCCUAGACACACAGCUGCCCAAGCUAGCCGCAACAGCACAAAAGUCACACAUGCCCAGAGUCACACAUACCCACUAACACAUAGCCUGAAAGAGUCUUGAAGGCUCUGGGAUACACAUUCAAAGACACACAGUGUCAGAUGCCCAAAGACCACCAAAGGCACUUAAGUCACACACCGACUGACCCAGGCUGACCUGGAAAGACUGGCAAAGACACAAAUGCAAGGGAACACAACCAAAGAAAUCCAGGUCCCGCCCCCAGGGAAGAUCCAGGGUCUUUGAGCCACCAAAGAUCCACCCCCCAGGCUCUCCUUCGGGGGGGCCUAUCCCUUCCUCCCUUCCUUAAGGAAACUCUGGGUCCCUUUCCUUGGCAGUGUGGGCCGCGGGCGACCCCUGGUGGACCCGGCGCCUCGGUCCAGGGCUUCACGGAAUGGGCGGGUGGGAGGAGGGUGUCUAGGCUGAAAGGAUGAAAAAAAAAUGCUUCGGCGUCUACUGAAAAACUUGGAGAAAGGCGCGUGGUAACAGGGAAAGGGAGACACCGGAGCCCUGCUGGAACGGGACCAGACAGGGUCUUGGACGCAGGAACAGGGCAUAGGAAGCAGGAGUGGGACUGAAGACCCUCACCCAUCCCCACUCGGGGCAACCCCGGGUCCCCGCGGGGACGGUGCUCCGGAGACAGUAAAGACAGGGUAAGCCCCGAGGCGAAUUCCCAUUGGCCCGCGCCGGACCAAUGAGGAGCUGCAAGGACUCCCGGCGUGGCGGAGAGGUACAGGGCAGCCGUUGAUGGAGAUGGAAGGGUCCCGCCUGCCCAAGCAGGCUCUCAGCCGGAGAAUGACCACCAGGGAAUCGCCCAAGGUCUGCAAUCGCCAGCACGGAGACGUCUCUCCCAGGAGGACUCUCGUCAACUCCGAUAUGACUUUGACCCGCGGGACCCUGAGAAAGUCAAUCAAUUUACCACAUACCGUCUUGGCCUUGCCUGAGUUGGAGGUCUGAUACCAGUGCCUGUGGCCCGGAGACGACCCGCGCAGGACGCCCCUAUUCCAUCCGCUGCGACACUCCUGGACUGCCAAGCUGUUGGUGGCUUUGGACUUAUUCUGUCUGAUGCUGGGUGAACCCCUCCCUACCAUCCUUGAGCCCCUGCCCCAUGUGGACACCCAAGAAGCCUUGGAGGGAGUCUGCUGUGUGUCUUUAUCUGAGGUUUGCUAGGCCUGGGGCUGGCUGCCUGCCUUAACGUGUGUACUUGGGCUGUGUGUCUUCACAUUGGUGUCAUCAGUAUAUUUCUGGGAUGUCUGGGUCAAUGAGACUCUGCGUGAAGGGAGCAGAAAGGGACUCUCCACAAGAAUGGCUUUUGUGUGCUUACCUGUCAUCCCGAAUCUGGAUGCUGGGGUCAGCAUCCAGCUGCACAUCUUUUUUUUUUUUUCCAGUCUUGCAUAUGACUUUAUGUGCCGUAAGUCUCCUUGAGUUGUGUAUCUGGGUCUGUCUAUGUGUCUGUGGUGGGAGGUAUGUUUGUACUAUAUAUAUCUCUGUGUGCGUUUUGACUAUGUGUAUGUUGUGUGCAAGCCCCUGGGUCUAUCUAUAUGUCUGGGGCUGGUCUGUGUUGCACUUAUAUCCAUGUGAAUGUAUAAUUCUGUGUGUGUAUGCAAAUGUGUGUGUCCCUUUGGGUCCCUGAGUUGCAUAGUGUAUUGCAGUGUUGCAUGCUGUAUUGGCUUGGGGGGGGAGUUCACUGUGGGUGACUCCUAUGCACACACUUGAUCUAUGGGAGCCCGUGACUAUGCAUCUGGGGUGGUGGUCCAUCCAGUGGUAUUUGUGUAGCCAGCUUUGUGUCUGGGUCUAUAUGGGCCUUUGUGUAUUGUAGGUAUAUUGUUAUAUGUCUGUGUGUGUACAUCUGAAUCUGGGUGUCUGGGUCAGACUGUGUGGUCGUAUAAUUGUGUGUGUCAGAUUCUGGGUGUGUGGGUACCCAUGUGGCUUGAGCUUGCUUGGGCUCAAGCAAGUCCAGAUGUGUGGCUGGCAUAAACCAAUACCCUCAACUCCCCAGUGUGUAGAACUAGUGACCAAAGCUCCUUUGCUGGGAUGAGGAGGCCAGGCUGGGACACUAGCUUGGCCCUUCCAGCCCAGAGAGGGAGCUGAGGAUGGUGAGAGAUUGGGUUCCAGCUGCCUGACUCCACUAGGCUUCAGUGGAUGACAGAGUCAAGACGGGGAGGGAAGCCUGGUACAGGCUUUUAGAAUGAUCAGGCCUACACCUGCUAGAGACAGGCCCCCUGGCCUGCCUGACUUCAGGAUGUGGUAGUGUCAGGUGAGGGGCCCCAGAUGCUGCUCACACACAACUUUGCUACCAUUUUCUCCUAGCUCGAUCAGCCACAGAACCAUCCACAUAGGCAUGGAAGAGACACAGAUACCAGACAGGACCACACACACCAGCGCAACCCACACAUCCAUGGACACAAUGUAUAAUCUCCUUUUUUUCUCUCUCUCUCAUACACAUACAGAGACAUGUACUCAUGAGCAUCACAAACACCUAUUCACACCACAUACACAUGACAUAGCUAUCCAUCAGCACACAUACACAUUCACACACAAGACAUGCAGAGCCACAGUCAUACACAUUUACGUGCAUACAUGAGGACACACACACACACAUACGGAAAGAUCAGCCUCCCCAUUGUGCUGAGUGAGACCGGUUUGCUGGAACCCCACAUCCAGGGCUUCUUUUGCAAUGACACCACCAUCCAAUACCCCCGGAUGGCCCAUUAUAUCAUCGAAGACUUGGCACUCAUGAAGAUGGGCUUCUUCAUCUCCAUCUUCACGACCAGCCUGGGAGAGCUGAUUCGGGUCAGGGGCCUGCAGCUGAGCUCGCCAGCCUUCAUGAGCAGCACUUACGUGGCCAUGAUCUACAAGCAGCUGGGCGCCUUCAUCUUUGGCAGCCUGGCCAGCUUCUCCCUGACCAGUAUCGCCAAGAUGACCACAGGUCAACUGCGGCCCCACUUCCUGGCCACGUGCCUGCCCGAUCCAACCUCCUUCGACUAUGAGAACGGCUACAUCAGCAACUACAGCUGCACAGGGCAUCCUGAAGAUGUCCUCGAUGCCAGGAUGUCCUUCUAUUCUGAGAACGCCUCCUUGGGGAUGUACUGCAUGGUGUAACUGGUGGUGAGUGUUGGUGGGAGGUGAGCUGCACACCCAGCAAGGCCAGAAAAUGCUCCAUUGUUCCCCCCGCCCCCACCAUCCCAUGGUCGGUGCCCGCAGUGCCAGGCACAGCUCCCACAGAGCUUGUGUGUUCCCCCAGAGUCAGGAGGGCAAGAGUGGGGUGGGCCCAUCUCCUCUUAAGAUUCAUUCAGCGUCCGGGUCCCAGAAUAGCAACUUGCAGAACCCUCUGUGCCCCCGGCCCCUGCCCCUGCAGCUGGAGAGGGCUCAUGCCAGGCUGGGUCUGUGCCCAGGACUGGGCUCCACCAAGGACAGCAGGAAGGGAAAUCACCCCAGACCCAGCUGAGGUGAAGAUCUAAGAUUUAGGUAAUAAAAUGGCAGGAAGGGAAGCAGGGGGGUGGAGGGAGUUGCCUCUGGGAAGGGGCCAACAACCCAGGGGCAUAGACUUGGGUGGCAGAAGCGGAUUAGAGCCAGCCCAAAGCACCCAAGCUCGGUGGUGGGCGGACACAACAAUACAGAGGCUCCAGCCACUGGGGCACGGGAUGAUCACACAGCUGCCUUCAUACCAGCAAUGUUUUCUCCCUGAAAGACAGUGGAUUCAACUGCCAGCUCCCCCAAACCACCCCUGCCCCUUUGUAUUUUAAGACAAAGUAAUGACAGCUUCCUGUAGUGAUAAAAGCGCAGAGUUCUGGAGGUGGAAUGUGCAUGUUCUAUUCCCAGCCUCAACUUUGUGUGACAUUGGGUGAGACCUUGAAACUCGGUUUCCUCAUCUGUGUGGAAAUAGCACUUGCCUCCUAGGGUUGUGGUUUCAUGAGUUAACACAUAGAUGAGCUGAUACCCUCAAAGCACUUAGAACAGGAUCUGGCCUAAAGGUCACUAUUAAUCAUUAAUAACAAGCAAAACAGACUCCCUUCGUCCCCAGGGUGGGGCGGUGGUUGGGGGACUGGGUGCACGUCAACAUGCCAACGUGCAGAGACAGACCACACACAACUCAGAGGCCAGCCUUGCUCUGAUUUUUGGACGGAGUGGACAAUUUUGUGAACAGAAUAGUCUAGAUCCCGGGGAAUUCCCCCACCUCUUAAGUGUCCCUCAAGUGCCCACAGUUGAUCUCUCCCU